AUUGUCGUGAUUAGUAUUGCACGUGUUCGUAAUUAUCGUGCUCGAGAGUGUUGUGUCGUGCAGUUGUAAUGCUAAAAUCUGAGAGGAGGAGGAGGCAUCGGGCAACGGCGGAGCAACCAUCAGAUCAACUUGUGUCUCGCACCUCCGCUGCUGCGCAUCGUAUCGGAGCUUUGUUCCAAUGUGCAGCAUUAGCCACUGACGAUUUCGACGUACACGUGAAGUAUAACGAUGUAGCACGGUUUCUCACGGAACGACCUGUUGAUGAAGUAUGGGUUGGUUCUUCCUUGCCACUAUUUUGUUGCUUUCCUUAUGCGGAUGCUGCGAAACCGUCAAUCACAUUUUUCGCAAAUCUGACGCGGCGGGAGCGCCGAUGCCACAGAGUGGAAGUACUGGGAGCCACGGUCAACCGCAGGCCGGUUCGUCGCCGAGCACCCCGGGCCCCGGCGGCGGUGGUUCUGCCGGUGGUGCUACCGGAAGCGGCGGCGGCGGCGGUGGCGGAGGAGCUACCGGUUUCUCCACCGGCGCUGCCGGAGCUGCCACUUUCGGUCUCGGCGUUACUGGUGGAUCGACCGGCGGUGGAGCCGGCGGCGGUGCAGCCGGCGGCGGUGCCGCAGCUUCCGAGACCGGUUCAAGGUGGGCCGACAAGGGGCCUACUCGUCGGGGUCGGGGAUGGCGCGAUUGGCGUCGCGGCGAUCCCACUCUCAUCAAAGGCCUGUGGAAGUCAAAGGGUCCUCUAGAUUCGCUGGGACAGGCGGAGAUCUACAUCAUUGUGGCUCUCCUGAUCGGCUUCUUCACCGUGGUGAUCGGUUGUUGGCUAUCCGACAACUGCUGGUCGCCGGAGCCAGAAGGUGUGGUCACCCUCGCAUAGCCUAGUGCCGACUUCCGUGCCUCCAGGCGAUAACAACUACUACGGCGCCCCUCAUACAGAAUUCUUCAGGACCCCGGCCGCUACUCGGAUCAUCAUAGUAACGCAUCCGGCAACGUCAGCGGCAAUCAUCGACCGUUGCUUGACAUUAAUGACAAUGACACGCUAUUACGCGUAUGAACACCACGCACGCGGCACCUUCUUCAUCGAAGAGGUAUUGUUCGAUCGACGGCAUCUGCGAACCAACCUCCUUCGCAAGUUCCUAUUUCGCAAGAGAGACGAGUUUUCGAGCAGGGUUAGUUCUUGAGCGCGAAAAGAGACGUCAAGGAAGAAAAUGAAAUUAAACGAACGAACUGUGAAGUUUUUUUCGCUCCGUAUUACAUAUCGAUUCUCAAAGUUGCAAGUGUACGAAAUAAUUGCAUGUCACGUUCACAAUGACAAUUGAAAAUUGGCGUAUUGGAUUAAACCAUUAAACUAACGAAAAGAUAUGUUGCCGAUAUUUCAUACG